AUGGAACUCUCGCAUGUAUCAGGAUCCUCUAAUGGGUCCGAAGCAUCUUCUCAUAGAACAAGUCCUCUCAGUCUCACGCCACUCCUCACUUCACAGUUCUCAGGGACUCGUGCUGAUCAAAAACGUGCAAAGGCAUUGAGUGAUGCCAUUGACAAAUCUUUACGUGCUGAAAAGGAGCGUGAACAGCGAGAAGGAGGCAUUAAAUUGCUGAUCCUCGGACCAUCUGAAACUGGCAAGACUACAGUUCUAAAGCAACUGAAACUCCUUUAUGGUCAAAAGGGAUUGGAUCCGGAGCGCCAGACAUAUCGUCGGGUAGUUCAUUUGAACAUCAUGAAAGCCAUGCAGGCAUUAGUGGAUGGCCUUCAGCAACAUAGCAUUCCAUUAGGAGAUCCUCAAAACGCUGAACAUCUAGCAAUCAUGUCCCGAUUAGAGCCAACAGCAGAAACAGACAUGUUUUUGGAAUUAGUUCCAUCCAUUAAGGCGCUUUGGGCCGAUUCAGGUAUCCAGCACACGUAUUAUAACAUAACACAACUUAACAUUCAAGACUCUGCGAAGUACUUUCUUGAUGCUAUUGACCGAGUGGCGCAUGCACAGUAUAUCCCCACGGAUGAUGACAUUCUACAGGCCAGAGUCAGGACCUUGGCAGUAUCAGAACACGUUUUUGAUAUUGAUAAUGUGGCCUACAGGAUAUACGACGUGGGUGGUCAAAAAUCACUACGGAAAUAUUGGGCGCCUUACUUCGAUGAUGUGAAUGCCAUCAUAUUCAUGGCGGCAUUGUCUGCAUAUGAUCAGCCAUGUGAAGAAGAUCCAAAGUUGAACCGACUUCAAGAGUGUCUAGUACUAUUUAACGAGAUUGCGAACCACAAACUGUUCCAACUAACUUCCAUGAUUUUGUUCUUGAACAAAAUUGAUAUUUUUCAGCGGAAACUCGAUGCUGGAUCGUUAGUCAGCAAGUACUUCCCAGAAUAUCGUGGUCCUAACGAUUACUUCAGCACCACUGUCUUUUUCCAAUACCGCUUCCUGCAGCAGUGUAAAGAUCUUCAAAAGCAGGUCUAUACUCAUUUCACCCAUGCUACAGAUACAAAACAGAUGCGUGUCAUUGUUGUAGCUGUGAAUGCCAUCGUGCAGCGUUUGAAUCUCCGCAGUUCUGGAUUACUGUAG